AUGCCCGUCGCAAAAGACAAUCAAUUCUGGGAUGCGUUGAUGGAGAACAAAGUGGCGAAGAAGUUGAUCAAGAAGCACAAAAGCAAGGCUAAAUGCGAGAAUAUUGACGAGUUGGCGCAGAGAUACGAGGUCCCGAAGCAGGAGGUCGAGAAGGUCCGUCCGCAGUAAACCGCAGCAAACCCGCUCUGUCGUACUCUUAGUACUUUCCGGAAAAUCGCUUAAUUUUUGAUAGUUUUUCGCUAAAACAAUGCGAAAUACUGAGCUUGCUCAGGCGCUGAGCAAAUAGCGAUCGGAAUGCAAUAGAGCGCACUUGCAGGUCUUCAAAAUCUUCCAAUUGAUGGACGACGACGGUUCGGGCACCAUUUCCUCGUCGGAAGUGGCCAAAAUGCUCAACGAGCUCGGGAUCGACGUUUCGCCGAAAGUGGUGCAGGCGGUGAUGAGAAGCAGCGAUGUGAGCGGCGACGGACAGAUCGAUUUCGAGGAGUUUCUCGCGGCGGUCACCUCUAAAAUCAAGGUAAUUCAAGAGAGAAACACAGACGAACGUACAAAAGAGAGCUGAUUUCAGUUGAGUUCGGUGAAGGCCGAUGUGCGAGUGAUGCUCUCGAAAAUUGAUCAGAAUCCCGAGAAAGUGGUGAGUUAUCAAUGAAGCGCAGUUGCUCAGCUCUGAUAUUCAUUUUAGAUCUCGGCGGAAGAACUAGUGGUCGCGUGGAGCGAGACUGUCUCCACGAACAUCACCGUCAAGGAGGCGUGCGCUCUGAUCCAGCAGGCGGACACGCAGGGACGUGGAAAAGCGACCAUCAACGAGUUCAUAACCAUGUGCCAGACUGUAUAG